UUCCAGGAAAGCUCAUCGUGAGCCACAAAGCCACCGUGACCGACCGAUCUCGGGGAAGAUGCCGGGGCUGAUUAACCGGACAACCCGCUCGCCGCUCCCGCUCACCGCCUCCGAGGUGAAAUCGUGUGUCAGCGGCUAUGCCUUUGGGAUGACAGCCUCGCUCACCUACGGCAAUCCAGAGACCCAGCCUUUCGAAGGUCUCUUUGUCUAUCCCUUGGACGAGUGCACCACGGUCGUUGGGUUCGAAGCGGCUGUUGCCCGGCGUGCUGUAACGGUGCAGAUCAAGGACAAAGCCAAGAUAGACGACUGUUAUUUCAACUGCUGCAGCCUCCUUGAUGGAAGAGCUCACAGUGGGAGUGGAAGGAUCACGCUGGAUGAGGACUUGGAGAGGAUUGUUUUUGUGGCUAACCUGGGCAUGAUUCCUCCCUUGCAAAAUGUGUCCAUCUUCAUCGGCACCUCCUCUGAGCUGCAGACGCUGCCCAGUGGGGCUGUGAGAGUCCUUCUGCCGGCUGUGUGCGUCCCCAGGGUCCCCCAGACUGGCCUGGAGAGUGUCAGCAGCUUUUCUGGGCACCAGCUCCGAAUUGACAGGCACUACUGUGGAUCGGGGAGCCCGGAGCAUGGGAGCAGGUUCUGCCUGGCUCAGCUGCUGGAGAACGAGGCCACCAACCCCUCUGAGUACGAGUUCAACUUCCACCUGGAGAUCCGGGGGCCAUGCUUGCUGGCAGGUGUUGAGAGCCCUACGCACGAGAUCCGAGCAGAUGCUGACCCCGCUGCUCGCUCCGCAAAGAGCAUUGUGAUCACACUGGCCAAUAAGCACACUUUUGAUAGACCGGUGGAGAUCCUGAUCCAUCCAAGCGAGCCCCAUAUGCCUCAUAUUUUAAUGGAAGAUGGUGAUAUGACACCUGCAGAGUACGAGCAACACUUGAAGGGGAAGAAUGAUUUCAUUAAAGGCACUAAGAAGGACCCCAGUGCUGAGAAAAAGACUGAAAUCAUCAGGAAGCGUCUGAACAAGGAUAUCCCCCACCACCCUGUCAUCAUGCUGAACUUCUGCCCUGACUUGAGGACUGUCCAGCCAGACCUCCGGAAAGCCCAAGGAGAAUUUAUUUUCCUUGUAGACCGCAGCGGAAGUAUGAGUGGUGUUAACAUCAACCGCGUCAAGGAUGCCCUGCUGGUCAUUCUCAAGAGCCUGAUGCCGGCGUGUCUCUUCAACGUCGUCGGGUUUGGAUCGACCUUUAAGGCCCUGUUCCCUGCCAGUCGGACUUACUGCGAGGAGAGCCUGGCCGUCGCCUGCGAGAGCAUCAAGAGGAUCCGGGCUGAUAUGGGCGGCACUGACAUCUUAUCACCCUUGAAGUGGAUCAUUCGGCAGCCGAUCCACAGGGGCCCUCCCAGGCAAAAACCCGACGGGGCCGUCGGCAACACGGGCAAGGUCCUUGAGCUGCUGCGAAACCACUCGUGCUCCACCAGGUGCUACAGCUUCGGCAUUGGGCAGAAGGCCUGCAGGAGGCUGGCGCUGCACGCGACGGGGAAGGCAGACCUGGAAGCUCUGCUAGACGGCUCCCUAAUAGGCUCGUCCGUGCGAUAUUCACGGAUGUUGGUCUUGUCCGCCUGUAUGAUCAAGUCACUGAAGAAGGCGAUGGCGCCAGUCCUAAGCGACGUGUCCGUGGAGUGGGUCUUUCCCGAAAGCACCGAGGUCUUGGUUUCCCCCGUCAGCGCCCGCUGCCUCUUCCCUGGUGACCGCCUGGUGGGCUAUGGCAUCGUCUGUGACACUUCCCUGUACAUCUCCAACCCCAGAUCUGACAAGAGGCGGCGUUACAGCAUGAUGCGUUCCCAGGAGUCGGGCAGCUCUGUUUUCUUUCACUCCCAGGAAGAGGGAGUGGGCACAGAGAGCUGGAACUACUCCAGGGACUCGGAGGGCUGCUGCCCCUCCGAGCGCACCGCUGAUCACCUGCUGGUGGGCAGAGAGCCCAGCGGAGAGUCGGACACAGACACCGGACCGGAUGUGAAGACCUCCACCCGGAGACGGGCGUAUAGCACCAACCAAAUCGCCGACCACGAGCCUUUCAAAAAGGUGCCCACGGCCAGCGAUCCGGGCAGCAACACCCUAGUGAAGAACCCCCUUCGGAAAACCCACCUGCAGGAUCUGUACCAGGUCAGUCCGGAGCCACGGCAGGCAGACUUCCAGGCAUGUGCCACAGCCCUUGUGCUUUGCAUGCAGGGGGAGGCCAGCGUAGAGCAGCAGGAAGAGCUCAGAUGUUUAAGGGCACAAGUGCUAGUCCUACGUGUCCCAAUAUAUGUGCUUGUGCUGCAGCAUGUCACAAAUGUGGAGGAAACAAGCCAAGUGGGGAGCAAGAUCCCGUCCUUGUGCCAUGGAGCAAUGCAUCCCCAUAGGAGCCCUGCUUUUCUUAUCUGGCAGACGGCCACGGCGCCCUGUCUGGGCUUCGAGGUGGGUGCGGAGGGCGGUGUGCUUGCGCGCGUGCCGGGAAAAGCCCGUUUCGCUGCCGCGCACCACGAUAAGGCAGGGAACGAAUGGGAUCAGCAGGGACAGAGCAGCACUCGCAGGCAGGUUGGCGCGAUUGCAGGUGCGGGGGCCCAGCCGGCGAGACCGCCGGGCCCCCAACGCUGCGCAUCCUUUUGCCACGAUGCCGACCCCCCGCCGGUGCAGGACGGGCUGCAGCAGACGGCUCCGGGAAGGGGCCUGGGGCCGCUCGACACCAGCAAUUACCUGCGAUCUUCGUCGGACAGCCGAAGCCCUGGGGAUCUGGAAUCUGCCCAUCCUUCCUUCACGUUUGAAACGGAGACCUCCUCCGACUGGGAGCUGCAGGACUUUGAUCUCAGCUCUGCCCGGGGCUCCCUGCACUGCCCCAGGGCCUUCUGCAAGGCAGUGGUGAAGGGGCUAAGGAGCAACGAGCCCGUCCAGUGGGAAAUCGCCUUCGAUAUCCGCCCUCUUUUCCGAGAGCGAAAGAGCCAGGAGGAUGGUGACACGGACCUGUGGAGUGAGACCUUCCACCACCUGGCAGCCAAGUCCAUCAUCCGGGACUUUGAACAGCUUGCGGAGAAGGAGUGUGAAAUCGAGCACGGGUCUGGGCGGCGGUACCAGGUCAACGCCGUCCACACCAGCAAGGCCUGCAACGUCAUCAGCAAGUACACGGCGUUCAUGCCGGUGGACCUGAGCGCCAACACCUACCUGCCGACCAUCGUUGAGUACACCAACACGGGGGCAGCAUCCAAGCAAGGCAGCCAGAGGAGUCGGAGCUCCGAAAGCAGAAGGCAUCGUGGCUUUUCUGUUGGACGUCCCCAGUCAGCCUGUGGCCAGAACGGAGAUGAGGGAUCUUAUGGCAUGAGUGUGGACGAGAGCAGCCUGUCACCCUGCAGCACCCCUUCCUCCUCUAGCCGGGAGCGCUGCAGUUUCCCAGAAGUGCCGUUACAGAGCCUGUCUGCUUCGCCUGCUCAUUCCCAGAAAUCCCUCGAGAGCCUCUUCACUGCAAGGCUGACGCUCAACAGAACCAGACUGCUGACCCGAGCUGCCAAAGGUUUCAUGAGUAAAUCUCCAAACAGAGUGAAUGAACCCAACUCUGAGACUGACAACGAGAACAUAGACUACCUUCCCCUGGUGUCUCUGCAGCUGGCCUGCGGUGCCUUCCUCAUGAACUCGGCCUUCUGCGAAGCAGUCAACAUCCCCAUGGAGAAGCUGAAGUGGACAUCUCCUUUUGCUUGCCACCGCCUGGCGCUCAGCCCCUCGAGCUCCUGCAGCGCCAAGAAGACCAGCCCCUCCGGGGAGCACAAGAGCCUUACGUACGGCCAGCAGCUCCUGGUUCCCGACGGCACGCUUGGGCAGAGUCCCUCUGACAGAGAUCCUGCUCCGGGCUCGGUGCCCGACGGACCUGGCAGCCGCACAGAAGAUGCAGGUCGCCUUCGCCACUUCUCAGGUAGCGCUGUGGAAAGCAUCUCCAAAGCCCUCAAAGCCGAGAACGAACUCUCCCCGCCGGCUAUCACCAUCCGCCGCUUCUCCUCCCCGGAGAGCGUGCCCGCAGCCGCCAAGGCGCAGGCUGACAGCGACUCUGAGGUGGACGGCUCUGCGAUCCAGGCACUGCUCUUCGACAUCGAGCUGCAGCAGCAGACGGAGCCGGAGGGGAUGCUGUGGGCCACGGCUGUAGCCCUGGCCUGGCUGGAGAACAGCUCCGCUUCCUACUUCAUCGAGUGGGAGCUGGUGGCCGCCAAGGCCAGCCUGUGGCUGAGCGAGCAGGACUUCCCGGAGGGAUACAGCCUGGCUACGGUGAAGGCUGCAGCCCAGCAGCUGUUUGUCUUGCUCAGGCACUGGGACGAAAACCUGGAGUUCAACCUGCUGUGCUACAACCCAAACAGCAUGUAAAGAGAGGAGAGAGUGGAUGAGGAAAGAGGCUUGGACGGCUCUCUGAGGGCGCAGGAACAGGGACCCAUCCUUAAGGAAACAUGUUCAAGGAGCUCAUUUCCUCUGCUGCAGGGACAGUGCGUUUAUUGGAAUAAGCCCUUGAGCUGAUUGGCAAACGGAAGCAGCCCAGGCAAAAUCCUGCGCUUAACGAUUGGUAUUUUGCCCCAGGAGGGAGUCUACCUGCCAGUACUUGCCACAGUAGGAUGCUCUUUAUUUUUUAAUCGGAGCAGCACCUCCAGGUACAGCAGCUCCCUUUGAUCCUGGUUUCUUCUGGUUACCAGCCCUGUUCCCAGACCAGAUCUCCACAGUGACUGCUCAGCUUGCCCCAUCCUUGCUUGGCUGCCCGUCCCCAGCCCUGAAUCACCGUCAAGCCUCCACCACGGUCCCCCCUGCCGGCUAUUUCCAGCCAUGAGUCACUACUCUCCCAAAGCUCCUGCCUGGCUCCUGCUGUCCAUCUCUGAUGUUCUUUGCAAAGGUGAACCCGCAUUGCUUGUUGCACAACUUGCUUGUCUUGUGGGUCAAAGGAAAUCCAGGCUGGGAGUGACCGUCUAAAGAGCAACCCUCUUGUCCUGGCUGGGAGGGAGGGACAUGCCGCCUUCUCUCGAGCCCAGCGAAGCACCAGACAGCCAGAAGCUGCGACCAAACCCCCGUUGCAAUUCCAGGUGGUGCUGAGCUGCCUCAGCCCCUCUGACAUCCCCAGCUCGGGUUUCCAGGAGCCCUCGCAGACCCUUUGCAGCGGACAGUGUGCCUUAGGAGCUUUGCCGGCUGAGCAGGGACAGGCGAAGGGAACCAGCCCCCCCUUGCACUCGAAGCCUAACGGAGCAGAGAUGCCCUACGGUAGAGAAACGGGGGAUUUUUAUCUCCUGCCAAAAUGCUGCAUCCUUCCUUCUACACACGGGAGUCUCCCCUGUGCUGACCUGUUGGAUCUGAACCGCAGGGACCCGCCUUUGAAUCCAACAGCUCGGACACUUGUUCUUUUUAGGUUUUCUGACUGUUUUCUCCCCCUAGGGGCCUGACUCUCUAAAGCUGGCUCUUGGCUGGCGGGCUGGCUGCCUUCCCCCUCUUUACCACGCAGCCAGGGCGCCCGCUGCGAGCCGAGGACGGGCCUGUCCCUGCCGCAGCCCUCUUGAACGGAAGAGACGGGGAGAGCUCGGCUCCUUCAUCCGGAGCCGUGCAUCUCGAGAGCGUCCCAGAGCCCUUCUCGCACCGCUGCUGCUCUCGUCCUCCUCUCGACGCUGCCGUG